CGAACCCACCUGCGCCGGCCACGAGCUGGUCUGCUUCCGCUCACUUGUUAAGUUUGCCACGACGUCAGACUCGCUCGACUCUCUCUCCUUUCCACAUGUUUGCUUUCAGCAGGGAUCUUGCUCGCUUGAUUACAUACUCUCCGAGUCCUUUGCUGGCACAUGCUCACGCGACAGACCGAUAACACUCACAGCGGACACACGGCGCACCCAACCGACGCUUAGCAUGCAUACCCUACCUGUUCAAUGAGUGAAUACCUCCCUUCGUUCAUCGUCGAACCUGUCCUGCGCCAAGCACGGCGAUUCUCCCGACUCAGCAACAGCGCGGACGAGUCGCCUAAUUUCCCGCCUACAACCGUCCCAGACCUCCCCCGUUGGCAUCCCUCCCGGCUAUGGAGCACAUCGCCUCCUCCUUCGUUGGAGGAAACGGAGGGGGACAAUGAAGAGACGACCGUGCAGUCCAUUACGCGGACCAUUCAGCUAUGGGCGAACCAAUUGAACAGUCUCGAUCAAUAUCCGUCUCCUACCCUCGAGGCUAUGGAUGACUCAACCCACGAAGCCUCACAUCCAGCAAGCGGGGAUGAAGAUUCCAGUAGCGUGUUUCCCCCACUCGAAACAGAACCCGCGCAAUCAGUGCGACCGGUCUUGCUCGAAGACCAGCGCACCAGCAGUGAGACUUCAUUAAAUCCCGCUCAAGAAUUGUCGUACCGGUCACGAGUCCAUGAAGACAAUACGAGACCUCAUGCGGUCUCGGAUCCGGUCGCCGCUGCCCCCACAGAGUCUGCGAGGAGUAAUUUGACGGACAUGGUACGAGAAGAAUAUACUAACACCAUCUCCCGUCGAAGAGAUGGAUCCGGGGCGCUACCAGAAGAUGAUGGGAUGGGACCUCUCCGACGGCAAAUCCGGGCCAUUUGGGACGGGCCAGGCACGCCUGCGGAAAAGUCGAGGUUUGUACACGAGUUGAUGAUGGCACGAUAUGAUGCCAAUCGAAACAACCGUCAUGAUACAACGCCCUGGCAUUCAGUGGAUCCUUCUCAACGGCCACGAUCCCCGAGCUCGACGAUGUCGGGGCCCAGCCAGGAAGCCAUGUAUAACCUCACUCCAGAAGACUUGGUGCCCAGUUAUGCGCCGAUGGACGAGAGUGUCACUGAAGAGCUAGACUCGUCGGAAGAGUCAUCCAAACCGCGACCGCAACUAGGGUGUGUGCAUUACAAGCGCAACGUCAAGAUGCAAUGCAAUAUAUGCCAGAAAUGGUAUACAUGCAGAUUGUGUCACGACGAGGUGGAGAGCCACACAUUACCGCGCCGGGAGACCAAGAACAUGCUGUGCAUGCUUUGCAACACGCCGCAACCGGUGGGCCAAUUCUGCAAGAAUUGCCACGUGCAAGCGGCGUGCUACUACUGCCCGGUAUGUAAAUUAUGGAACAACGACCCGGCCAAGUCAAUCUAUCACUGCGACGACUGCGGCAUCUGUCGACUCGGCGAGGGAUUGGGCAAGGAUUUUUUCCAUUGCAAGAAAUGCGCGGCAUGCAUGUCGAUCCAAGCGGAAAGCACGCACAAGUGUAUUGAACGAAGCACCAAAUGCGACUGUCCGAUAUGCGGCGAAUAUUUGUUUACAUCGAACAAGCCGGUGGCGUUUAUGCGUUGCGGGCACAGCAUUCACGAGGCGUGUUUUGCCGAGUGGUGCAACACGAGUUACAAAUGUCCGAUAUGUUCUAAGAGCAUCGCCAACAUGGAGAGCCAGUUUCGCCGGCUGGACCGACAUAUUGAAGAACAACCCAUGCCGGAGGAGUACCGCGACAACCGGGCGUACAUCUUUUGUAAUGACUGCAACAGUCGCAGCGUGACAAAGUAUCACUGGCUAGGGUUGAAAUGUGCCAUCUGUGACUCGUACAACACGACGCAGUUGGAGCUGCUGGGGGCGGAUGAGACACCUCAACUGCAGCAAGCUCAGGAACGUGCUGCUCAACAGGCCGAUGUCUCUGAGGCUGCCAUCACGGCCAGUCAGAGUCGAACGCCGCCCGACCAGAUGACCCAGCCGGUCGACAUUGCUCGCGCCGCUACUGCUGAAGUCAUGCCACGCUCGGUUGAUACCGCAGUGGAUAUGAUGCAGUCUCCCACUGGAAGCAGGUCGUCUUGGCUGUUACCUCGUUCACCCACCACGCGGUCAACCAGGUCGCUGUCCCCGGUGGUUGGGAACGGGAAUUACUUUGGAACAGGCCAGCAGCGCCAACCGGAAACUCCUCCGGCCGUGAUGGCUGCCGCCCAGCGACUCCUCAGGUACGGAACUGGCGGACUUAACAGCAAUGAUGAUGAUGACGAUGAUUUGGACUUUUGGGGUCGACCUAAUUCACCGCCUCGGCAUCAAAGUGUCUCGCAAGACGAUCUCGUGUCCGAACCUGAUUCGGGCUCUCAGUCUGAUAGCAGUCGUGACGACGAUGCUAUGGAUGAAGAGGAUGAUGAAGAAGAUGAGGAUGUCAUGGAUUUGUUUGGUCACCGGUGAAGCAUGCAAAUGGCUUUGUGGUUGUUGGAGUCGAACGAACUAGAUCCAAACGAAAGAGAAGAUCACCCAUGGAACAAAAAAAUCAACUAUCAUGAACAAAAAGGGCGUUUGUGUAAGGUGGGUGGAGUUUGUGCGCAUGGCAUCCUUGAAGUUGCAUGUACUCUAUUUCGGGUUGGGACCAUACAGUGGCCGGGCGCGCAGGAGUUGGAAGUACAAAAUUGCAUUGCAUGGGAUGCGAUGAAAACGGAUGAUGCUCAUUUUAUGUUGAUUCUGGCUAUCUAUCAUCUCAAUUCCAAACUCGACUUUUGUAGGAGUACCCCAUGGUUCUCUCUUGAUGUUGGCACCACCUGUCCCUCUCGGCCAUAUGUGUGUGAUACAGUAUCUCUCAGAUACCCACAGUAGGACCUAUCAGGUUACGUUGGUUGGUUGAUGGAUUGUUUGUUGGCCGUUUUGUCUAUCGAUGAAAUGAUACCACGCCAUUCAAGUGGAUGUCUACCUACAGAUCAGGGGGUAUGGACACUCAUCAGUGUCGAUCCGCGACUGUUACUACCAGCAUGUCUCAGGAUGGCAUGAAGUAUCUUAUUACUCCCAGGGUGCAACAACAGUACGAACCAGAUCAUGGAAUUUAGGCCUUGCAAAGUCCGCUACAACCGACUACACACGAUAAAAACACCACUGCCACUCCAGCACUGAAGCCGGUCAUAUCCGGUCGAUCUAGUAGUGGAUACCGUCAGCAGCAUACAG